AUGGAUAUAUCUGCUUCAAAAAUCAAAGAUAUUCUCGAUGAAUUUGGUGUUGGUGUUCAUUCAGAAUGUGGUAAACUAGAUAUUGUUCUUAUGCAUCGACCAGGCAAAGAACUUCUUCGAUUAACAAAAGAUAACCAUCAUCUUCUUCUUUAUGAUGCUCUUCCUAAUAUUAUUCAAACACAUCAGUCUCAUGAUAUAUUUUCACAAUAUUUACGUGAUCAUGGAAUACAUGUACUUUAUCUAGAAGAUCUUCUUCGUCAAACACUUAUUUCAAGUGAUCAAGCACGUUCUCAAUUGAUUCAUGGUAUUCUUACUAAUUCUCAUUUCAGUCAUAAUAAUCAACAACAACAAUGUUUAUUAGCUCUUCAACAAUGGUUACUUCAUCGAACACCCGAACAAUUAACUGAAGAUAUUAUUGUUGGUGUGGCUUGUUCACAAGAUGAAUUAGGUACAUCUGAUUAUGCUCAAAUUCUUCUUACAACAAAUAAUUCAACAAAUGAAUAUCUCAUUCCACCAUUACCUAAUCUUUUAUUUAUGCGUGAUGGAUUUUCAAUUAUUGAUAAUCAUGUUUUUAUUUGGCAAAUGAGUAAACCAGCAAGACAAAAUGAACCUCUUCUAUUACAUAUCAUUUUUCAGUAUCAUCCACAUUUAUCAAAUUGUGGAUUAGAAAUCAUUGAAUGGCAAAAAAACAUUGAUGAAACUGAUGAAGAAAUUCCAACAAUCGAAGGUGGUGAUGUUGCUUAUCUUGGUGAUGGUAUUCUACUUAUUGGGUGUAGUGAAAGAACAAAUCGAACUGGUAUUGAAGCACUUACUCGAACAGGUCUUUUUCAUCAAGUUAUUGUUAUUAUGAUACCUCCUCAACGAUGUUACAUGCAUCUAGAUACUAUUCUUAGUUCAGUUGGUAAACAUGCAUUUACAUUACAUGGUCUAUUAGCUGAAACUAUGCAAAUAUAUACUGUAGAAAAUCAAUAUUCUCAACAAAAGACAUGUUUAAAACCAAAAUGGAUAUCACAUGGUUGUAAUGUUCGGCAAACUCUUCGAAAACUUCUAAAUAAUCCUGAUUUAAUAUUUUAUGAUGCAAAAGAUGAACAAACAUCGAUUGAUGAACAACGACAAUGUCGACAUAAUGUUGUUGUUAUCGAUGAUUGUCAUGUUGUCACUUAUGCUGGUAGUGAUGCUGAAAAAGGUAUUGUUACUCAUAUGACUCACAAUAAUAUGUGUCGAGUGGGUCUCAUACCUUUUGAAGGUCUAUCAGAAGGUGGUGGUGGCGUUCAUUGUAUGACAAAUGCUGUUCGACGAAGACCAAAAUAA